CCGCGCUGGGGAACAGCAGCACCGCCAGCCCUCGGCUCCGGCCUCCCCUCCCACAGCUUCUGGAGCCGGGGACGCCCUUCGCGACGCCUCCAUGGACUCCCGCGCGGCCAACAGCGGGAGCGGCGACGGCCGGUCAUCUACAUCAGACCUCAACAUGGCAUUGCAUGAGUGUAUGGCAGCUCUGGAUUUAUUUCUUAACAACAAGUUCUCAGAUGCUUUGGCUUCUUUACAAGCAAAAACUAAAGAUAGUAUGUAUCAUGCACUGACUUAUGCCACCAUAUUGGAAAUGCAAGCUAUGAUGACAUUUGAUGCUCAGGACAUACUGAAUGCAGGAAACACAAUGAAGGAAGCUCAAGCUACCUGUCAAAAAUUUAGGAAGAAAUCUACAGUAGCUGAUUCCAUCAACAACCUUGUGCAUAGACAAAGCCUUGAACAUUUUACUGAAGAGGAAAUCCAUGCAGAAAUUUGCUAUGCUGAAUGUUUACUUCAGAGAGCAGCACUCACAUUCCUCCAGGAUGAAAAUAUGGUUAGCUUCAUAAAAGGAGGCAUCAGAGUCCGAAACAGUUACCAAACAUACAGGGAGCUGGACAGUCUCAUACAGUCUCCACAUUAUGUCAAAGGAGAGAACCAUCUUCAUUUUGAGGGAGGUGUAAAACUUGGAGUUGGAGCAUUUAAUCUGACAUUGUCCAUGUUUCCCGCACGGAUUCUGAGAUUACUGGAGUUUGUUGGAUUUUCUGGAAACAAGGAGCAUGGUCUGCUGCAGCUUCAAGAAGGAGCAUCAUCAUACAGCUUUAGGUCGGUGCUGUGUACCAUGCUGUUGCUUUGCUAUCAUACUUUCAUGACCUUUGUGUUAGGGACAGGAAAAGGAAAUGUUGAGGAGGCAGAAAGACUACUUAAGCCUUACUUGGCUCGCUAUCCAAAGGGAGCCAUAUUCCUGUUUUUUGCAGGCAGGAUAGAAACACUAAAGGGUAAUAUUGAUGCGGCAGUUAAUAGGUAUGAAGAAUGUUGCGAGGCUCAGCAAUAUUGGAAGCAGUUUCAUCACAUGUGUUACUGGGAGCUCAUGUGGUGCUUCACCUACAAGCGCCAGUGGAAGAUGGCUUUCUUCUAUGCAGACCUGCUAAGCAAAGAAAACACUUGGUCAAAGGCUACUUAUAUUUACAUGAAAGCUGCUUAUCUCAGUAUGUUUGGACCCAAUGACUGCAGUCCUUUUGGAGACAGCGAAGUUGAAUUAUUUAGGAUUGUUCCCAGUUUGAAACUGAAAAUUGCAGGGAAAUCUCUGCCUACAGAAAAGUUUGCAAUUCGGAAAGCUCGACGAUAUCUUUCUUCAAACCCCAUUCCUUUGCCUGUUCCACCUUUGGAAAUGAUGUAUAUCUGGAACGGCUACGCUGUAAUUGGAAAAUGUCCCAACUUAACAGAAGGCAUGUUAGAGACUUUAAUUGAAGCAGAAGAAGCAUUGGCAAGAAGUUCAGCUACAGAAUUACUAGCAGAUGACCAGUGCGUGAUAAAACUGUUAAAGGGCUUAUGCCUCAAGCAUUUGGGCAAGAUCUCAGAAGCAGAAGACCAUUUUAAUUACAUCUAUUUAAAUGAGAAGAAGAUAAAAUAUGACCACUAUCUAAUUCCAAAUGCCUUGCUGGAGCUGGCGAUACUGUAUCUAGACCAGGAUAGAAGAGAAGAAGCAAUAAAACUACUGGAAAGAGCAAAACAAAACUACAAGAAUUACUCCAUGGAAACAAGAACACAUUUCAGAAUUCAAGCUGCCCUGCACCAAGCCAAAUCCACCCCAGAAAAUGGAAUGCACUCUGGAGCCUCGGCAGUGUUGUAACUUUUUCUUCUUUGAUGUCCUGUUUGUUGCAAACUUUGGUGCAGAAAAUUACUGACACUUUAGAAUUAUUUUUCCUUCUCUUUCAAGUCAGUGAGAAACCAAAUCAUGUAAAAUUUUGAAGGUGAUGCAUAAAACAUUAAUCUAGUGUAAUGACAUGGCAAAAAACGUCUCAAACCAACCGUAACCCUGAAAAAUAUUGUUUUUCCAACAGUGGCUUUUUGAAUACUUACAUCUGUGUAAUUCAUUUUUCAAUCGUGUGCCUUUUUCUUGCCUUCGCAACAUUUACUAAGCAAGCUACAUCAUAAAGGGGAACAACUGGAAAAAACCAAACAACAAAACUUUAAAGAUUCACUGAUUUAACCUCAGUUAGCUAUAAAUGCUUGUUUGAAUUCAUCCUGCUAGCAGUUGAGGAGGAAGCAUCACUUUUUCCAAGUACCUACUUAGUUGAAAUGGUGUGAGAAAAUCUCAGUGCACAAGAAACACAGCAGGGAGGAGCUCUGAAUCCUGGGCAUUUCCAGUUGCGCAAGGAAAGCUUCUCAUUACCAGCUUUUACUAGUCACAUUUUUGCUUCUAUAAGAAAUUUGCUGGUGAAAAAAAAAUGGUCUCCCUUAUGCAAGUAUCUUGACUUUUUCUUUCAUUUGGUUUUCAUGCCAAGUCUGCUGCUUGUAGCGACUGAAUGAUUUACUGAGGAUUUGGGGGGGGAAGGUGAUGACAGUAUAAAACUGCAUCACUUCUUCGACAAGUUUAAAAAUGGGAGGUCCUUAGGAAACAGUUUUUUCAUCAGAACAAACAUGAUCUGAAGUUUAUAUCAAAUUUAAAGAGUAAGUCCUUGAAGGUCACUUAAGAAACAGCAAUAUUGCACUGGCUGCACAGCAGUACAGGAGUUACUGUGACAGUCAGUUCCUUAAAACGAUUGUUCUUAGAUUUGCCUAACUUGAGCUGUCCAUGUUUAAAGAGGUCAUAUAGCAAUGUUUCCUGUGUUAAGAAGCUGGGGUCGGAGCAGGCUCCCUUGGCUCAGCGCUCUGCUUUUCCCAAAGGAGAGCCCUUUAUCUUUUUGCUCUUUAUUGAUCUUUUGGGGGAGUUUCUGUGUAAAGGGCUUUGAGAACAGAGCAAUGAGCUAGGUCUGCUUUCCAAUGCUGUCUGCCAUAGAAUUGCUGCUUUUCUGCAAAACUGGUGAAGUCAGACGUAACACAUAUUUGACUUGUAUUUACUGUUCUCCAGGCUAGCUCCAUGUUUGUAUGCCUGUGGGGUUUGGGGGCACACUUCUACCUCCCUUUUGAACGAGCUUCUUCCCCAUGACCCAUUCUGAUAUGUGGAGAUGGGAGGUCUUCUGACAGCCCUUUUUCUCCAAUGGAGAUGUUUGUCAGGAAGAUUCAUAUCUACGUACCUCACAGUGAAUAUUCUUUCUAAAGUGAUUGUUCCCAGCAGAAGAGAAAAUUGACGGUUUAUAGCUCUGCUUUUACCUCCUCUAAGGAAAUGACAUUGUUUUAUAAUUGCAAAUUAAUAUGCAAGGAGACAGAACCACCUUUUCCUCAACACGGAGAACUUGCAUUGUCUUAAAAAUAGACACCCUUUAGAAGUCUUCCCAAGUUAAAAUCGUAGAUGAAGAAUGCAUUUUUUUAAAGUGACUUUCUCAGAUAAAUUCAGUGCAGAUAAAUUUCUCAACUCAUAUGAAAUUCAGUAUAAACAGUUAUGCUAUUUACAUAUUGCACAUCAAAACUUACGUGUAAAAAUUCAGUCAUUCUUUGUAUAGAAUAAAAAAGAUUCU